UUGCUCCCAGGAGUCUGAAGCCUGCUUUUCCUUAAGACCUCUGUUUACAAUACACGGAGCUUGACCAUUUUUGACCAUUCUCGAUCAUAAUGGGCAAGCGAAAGAGCUCCAGAAAGCCUCAAGCGCCGAAGAAGCGCGAGCCCCUGCCGACCACCUUCACAUGCCUGUUUUGCAACCACGAGAAGUCGAUCCAAGUCAAACUCGAUAAGAAGGCAGGUUGUGGAUGGCUCGACUGCAAGGUCUGCGGGCAAAAGUUUCAGUGCGCAAUCAACUAUCUUUCAUCUCCGAUAGACGUCUAUAGCGAGUGGGUCGACGCAGCAGAUGCUGUCGCUGCCGAGGCCCGCGAGGCCGAGAAACUACGGAGCGCCAGCAACAUAAGCAGCAGACGGGCUGGAGGGGCGAGUCAGAGGAUAGAUGAGGAUGAGGAUGAUCGCGGCGGUUAUGAGGGGGAGGGUAUCGUAGCUGACGAUGAGGACUACGAUUGAUGCGCCUGCGAUGGCUUUCUCGUAUUACCCCCCUCCCCCCCCCCUCUUCUUUUGUACCUCAUUUUCGGCGUGGGAGAUAAAAAACCGGUGAAUGA